CCUCGACCUCGACCUCGACCUCGACCUCGACCUCGACCUCGACCUCGACCUCGACCUCGACCUCGACCUCGACCUCGACCUCGACCUCGACCUUGGUGCCGGCAGUCACUCUGCGCUUUCCUCUGUCGCCGUCCCACGCACAAUUGAGCCCAGGACCCUCGCGGCUUCCACACCGGCGUCACCUCCACCUCCACGCUGCCCGGCCUCAUCGCCGCCCUUCUCCGUCUGGAUCAUCUGCGCCCUUUUCGACUCUUUCCGACUCUCGCACAUCUUCCCAAUAAGCGGCGCCUAUGGGUGGAUGGAAGAGAUUCGAGCUCACAAAGUCCAGCGACCCAAGCUCGUCGGUGAAAGAGCGGCUGCUCUCCAGUAUGGCCUGGGCCACUCUCAAAUGGACACAGCGACUGGUUUAUCCAAACGACUAUCGCACAUUCCAGUCAUUUGCCGUCCAGACCGAUACCGCGCUUCCGCUGACCAGCGCCAGCAGCUCGGCCUACAUGACCACCAUCAUGAUUGGAACCCUGCAGACCCCCUUCGUGGUGCAAAUCGACACAGGUUCCUCCGAUCUUUGGGUGGAGGGAACCGAGUGCACUGCCUGCCACGGCCCACACCACUACAACGUGAGCCAAAGCCGGUCAGCAUACCUCGACGGCACGCCCAACCUGCUCACCUACGGAGACGGCUCAUUCGUUGGAUAUCUCGUCAAGGACAACGUAUCGUUUGGCGGCCUGUCGAUCAAGCAGCAAUACUUUACGAAUGUGGUUGAUGCCGACAACAGCGAGGCUGCAACGUUCUCCAUCCUGAAGUACGAUGGGCUGAUGGGCUUGGCCCUCAAUAAUCUGACCCAAUCCACUGCCGUGGUUGACCCUGGCGGUGUCUCCACCAAGAAUACUGUUAUUCAAUCGCUUGUCAAACAAGGCUCCCUCUCGAGUCCGGUCUUUACUGUGUUCCUGAAUCCACAAGGGAGCACAUUCAGCCCUUCUCACCAAGGCGAGCUGACCAUUGGCAUAACCGAUGCCUCCAAGUAUCGUGGCUCGCUGAGCUGGCUCGAUGUUGAUGUCAUUCCAUACAUCAGCCCAGAAAAGUUUCACUGGGCACUAAGCGUCACGUCGUUGCAAGCCGGGGGCACCAUCUUAGAUCUGAGCGUCACUCCCACCUAUGCGAUAGUUGAUUGCGGCACCACCCUCAUCCACGUCGAUAGCAACACCCUCAACAACACCAUCAUACCCAGCUUGGGGGUGAACUCCACAUUCCGCAGCUCAUGGAACCUCUGGAUGGUCGACUGCGUCGCUGCAUGGCGGUCAGCCCCGCCGCUGAUAUUCUAUUUGAAGGGAUUGCCCUUUCCUCUGGCACCAAGCGACUACAUCCUGCCUGCCAGUGCCGACAACCGCACAUGCUAUGUUGGGAUCACCUCGAGCGAUACCGUGCCGACGUGGCUCCUCGGUGAUGUCUUUCUCUAUCGCUGGUACUCUGCCUUUGAUGUCCAGCUUGGCAGGGUCGGUCUGGCCCAGUCUGUCGCUCCUCCAACUCCACUAAACCAGUCGUGGACAGCAGGCUCAGUUUCGGGCAGCACUCGCGCGGAGUGGUCUGCCCAUCAUCUCCUGUUGGCAUCGAUAUUGUAUCUAUUAGCUUGGUGGGCUUCCUAGGCUGCUACAGCUUGUUCAGAACGAAACGGGACGGGAUCCCAGGGCUUUUUUUUUGCAUCAACCACUCUGUUGCUGGUUUGGGGGGGGGGAUACAGUUUUGAUAUACAAUCUGCAUUCAACUCUGAC